AUGGUAACGAUUGUUGACGAUUUAGAUUCAUUAACUUUGCAAGAGCCAGUUUUCAAGGAUGUCAAGUACUACCUCUCUGGCGAUGUCUCGGAAAGGAUUAUGCAGUUGCUUCAGUCAGGAGGAGCGGAAAACACUAAAUAUUUCUCUGAUUAUGUCACUCAUCUAAUUUGUGGAAACAAUGCCGCUGAUACGGACCUCGAUGACGCCCAAGACAUCUACCAGAUCCCAGCAGUAACUGAAAAUUGGGUUCUUGCAUGUGCGCGAUUGAAGAAACUUGCCAAUACGAAGCCAUACUUUCCUAGCAAGAACAAGAUAUUUUCAAAUGUUACUGCUUGUGUGACUAAAGUAACUCCCUCUGACGCCAAAGCGUUAUUCGCACUCAUAACAUAUCAUGGUGGAAAAGUGAAGUUGAACCUAGAUACACAUUGUACACACUUAAUUAGUGGUUCUGCAUCGGGUAAGAAGUAUAGUGCUGCGCUUACGCUUUCUUCUAGAAUAAAAAUUGUUACCCCUGAUUGGGUACUUGAAAGUGUACGAGCUAGAAUUCAAGCAGUGACAGAAGUAUUUCACCCUAAACUACUUGUAACACCUCAGCCGCCACCUAAACCAAUGGAUCGAAUCAGUGCUAUUACUGGAUUCGAUUUUGAGGAAGGAAUUGCAAAGAAUGAGGUGCCAACUCAAAACAUGACUGAAAAUAAAGACGAAGGUACACAAGCAUUAUUAGACAAACUUAAACAAAGAAUGCCUUGGAACCACCCACCUUCCUCAGCAAAUUCUUCUGCUGCUGUAACCUCUAAUGUCAACUCAAUGGGUUACACAACUGCUAUGUCAACAUCAAAUAUUAUAAACAAGUCUAUACCUCAGGGCAUUGUUACCCAAAAUGUGCAAAUUCAAGGAAGUCAGGCUAACACUCAAUUUAUUCAGAAAAUGGCACAAAACUCAGUAGUAUCUCAAGCUGGCAUGAAUGCACAAAAUCAACAGGUUAAUUUACAACAGCAAACUUAUAGUCAAGCUCAACAAAAUUCGCAACAGCCACAUGGGCUAUCAGCUAUACAAAUUCAACAACAGAAGUUGUUGCAACAACAUCAAUUAAGAAUGCAAAUGCUACAACAUAAAAUUGGUAAUCAAAAUCAACAAGGAUUUGCUCAAUCGAAUGUAUCAACUUCGCAAAUAACUCAGAAUAUUUCUAACCAAUUGCAACAACACAUUCAGAAUAGUAAUCAAAAUAUUAACACAUCAAUGAGUUCAGCGCAGCAACAAAUUGAAAAUAUCAGUCAAAUGUUAAGUCAAACAGCUAAUAAUCUACAACAAAGUCAACUUAAUCAACAGAAUAUGGUAAUGAAACCAGGGUUAACCUUAAGUCAACAGAGUGCUGUACAAAACAUUGCUCAACAGUUGGCACAAUCUACACAAAAUCUUCAACAAAGUCUGCAAAACGCUAAACUCAAUCAAAAUUUAGGUCAGACGCAAGUAUUAAACCAACAACAACUUAUAAAUUCGGGACAGCAAAUGUCGGGACAAAAUCAGGGUAUAAUUCAACAGCAAACUGUUCAGUCACUAACAAAUCAACAGCAAAAUAUUAACAUGGGUGUUAUUAAUCAACAAGGAUUGGUUACAUCUCAGGCUCAAACUGGACAGGGAGGUCAACUUAAUCAACUUGUUGGAAACACAACUCAACAAUCCGUCAUUGGACAACAAAUACAAACUGUUCAGCAAAAUAUACAAAACCAACAAGGUAACACAGUACCUGUGCAGGGUACCUGGAGACAGCAGAAUAUCCAGAUGAUUCAGGGACAACAUCAAAUUAUCAGAAGUCCUUUAGUUCAAUCUCGUAACCCACCAAAUCAAGUUAUAUUGCAACAGCAAAUCAUGCAAACACAACAACAAGCUUUAAUUAGCAACCAGCAACCUCAACUGAGCCCACAACAACACACAAUACAACAAACUUCACAACAAAUCCUUCAACAGUCAAUAAAUAAUCAAGGACAAGGAAUUAGCCAAACUCAUCAUCAAAUUUUGGUGCAAAAGCAACAAUUGUUAAAUGGAUCGGGCCAGCAACAGAUAGUACAAGGUCCACAGCAGGUUUUGAUAAAUCAACACACAGGACAACAACAAAUUUUAGUACAUGGAAAUCAACAAGUUACUUUACAAGGUGGCCAGCAAAUAGUGUCACAAAGUCAAAUUGUCCAUCAAGGUGGUCAAAUUGUGAACCAAGGUGGCCAACAGAUAAUAACUCAAGGCGGUCAACAAGUUUUAUCACAGGGUGGUCAACACGUGAUAACACAACAGGGUCAACAGCAUCAAGUAGUUAUUGCCCAGCCAUCCCAACAAAUAGUAACACAGUCUGGCCAGCAAAUAAUAGGCCAAACAGUUGGUCAGACGCAACAGGUGCUGACGCAAGUGCCUCAAUCACCACAGCCCGGUUCUCAACUAGCAGGAGGUGGUAUUCAGCAGAUAAUUACUCACAGUGGCAAUCAACAAAUUGUGUCACCGGGGGGUCAGCAGAUAGUACAAGGUGGACAGAAUGUGUCCUGGCAACAACAGCAAUACUUGCAGCAGAGACAACAAAUUGGUCAACCUGGAGCUGUGGGACCGAGGGUGUCGUGGACAGCGGGCGGUGGUGGAAGACAGCUGAUCCAUCUCGAUGCUCAGACACAUGCUCAGUUACAACAAAUGGAUCCUCAGCAACGUGCAAUGUUUGUCGCACAGUUGCAGAAACGGAGACAGUUACAUAUACAGAGGUCUGCAGCCUUGGCUCAACAACAGCAAAGUGGAGUAGUAGCUGGUUCCCCGGGAGCUCCAUCACCCGCACCACAGAGUGUUACGUUCAUAAGGAGCCAGUUACCACCUGGGUUGUCACAGCAACAACAGGUACAAUGGCUACAGCAGCAAGGUGCUAGGACAGCAACCAUACCGGCAGCGCAACCGACACAACAGCCACAAUCUCCUGCGACGCCGGCGGGCGCCGGCGCGGCGGGCGACACGCCGCUGCAGCAGCUGCAGCGCCAGCAGCAGUACCAGCGCCUGCAGCAGCUGCAGGCGCAACGCGACCACGCCGCGCACCACCACCAGCCACCCAAGCCGGUUGCUCCAGUUACCCAACAUGUAGUGACUCCUUUGCAAGAACAACAAGUGGACGCUCUGCUAACACCUACUACUCCUGAACAACAACAAGCGGGCGCGGGCGCGCUGCUCGUGAACCCGAAGACCAAGACGGCGCUCGCCAACAUGCUGUCCAUCCGCCUGCAGGGCGCCGCGCCGCCGCCCGACCACGAGCCCUCCGCCGCCGGCACGCUGCGGCUGAUGACGGCGGCUCACGCGGCGGGCGGCGCGGUGCGCCCCACGCGGCUGCUGCUGGGACCCGCGCACCACCCGCACCAGGUCCCUACCCCGCAACCGGCGGGCAGCGCGGGCGUGGUGAGCAACAAGGUGUACGCGGGCGCGGUGCGGGCGGCGCCGCCCCGCGCGCAGUUCUACGGGCACAACCCCAACCUCAAGCUGCCGCCCGACCUCUUCCUGCUAGGCUGCGUCUUUCACAUCGUGGAGUACCAGCAGUCGGCGGGCCCGGAGCGCCUGGCGCGCUGGGCGGAGGCGCUGGCGCGGCGCGGCGGCGAGGUGGAGGCCGGCUACUGCGCGCGCGUCACGCACGUGCUGUGCGAGACGCAGCGCCACGGCGUCGUCAUGCAGGCGCUGCGCGACGCGAAGCGCUGCGUGACGGCGUACUGGGUGGCGGACACGCUGGAGCGGCGCUGCGUGGCGCCGCCGUGGCUGGCGCUGCACCUGCCGGCGCUGCACGCGCGCGCCGAGCGCCCCGCCGCGCACCACCGCGCCGCGCUGGCGGGCUGGCGCCGCGACGAGCGCCGCCGCCUGGCCUGCAGCCUGCGCCAGCUCGGCGCCAAGCUGACGCCGUAUAUGAGCCGCGACAACACGGUGUUGAUUGCCAAGCGCGCGGAGGGUAACAAGUACCGGCGCGCGCGGGACUGGGGCAUCCCCGUUGUCAACGCGGCCUGGCUCACCGACCUGCUGCUGGGGAACAUGACCGCGCUAGCUCAGAUUGAAAAUGCGAAAUAUCAGCAAUUUAACUUAGCUAGCCCAUUCCGUAUGGACUACAGCUUGGUUUCACAUCUAAUGAACGCGUGGAAGAUGCCCAUCAACAUAACGCAGGAGUCGCACGAGCGCGCCAAGCGCAGCGCGGCGGCGGCGAGCGGGCGGCGCGCCAAGCGGCCGCGCCUCGAGCCCGCGCCGCCCGCGCCGCUCGCGCCCGCCGCGCCGCCGCCGCUGCACCUCGCGCCGCGCGUGCUGUUCUCCGCGCUGGCGCCGCCCGCCGCCGCGCGCCUGGCCGCCGUCGUGAGACAACUCGGAGGCCUUGUCGUAACGUCAGCAGCGGAAGCGACUCAUCUUGUAAUGGAAAAACUCGUUCGAACAUGCAAACUUGUGAGCUGCCUUAUCACCGUCAAACAUUUACUUACCCCUGAGUGGAUAAUGGAGAGCCAACGGCUAAACAAGUUUGCGGAUGAGGCCAAACAUGGCCUUCGAGAUGAGGAUUUCAAUAAAAUGUUUAAAUGUGACGUCGAUGAAGUAUUACUGUGCGGUGAACAGAGGCGGAAGUUAUUUGAGGGAAUAACAUUCUUCCUAACUCCCUGCGUCAAACCUUCUAAAGCUGGACUUACCGAGAUGAUAGAGCUAUGUGGAGGAAAAGUUGAAAAGAACCGGAGGUCCUAUGUCUCGAUUCAGGAGAUGCAUAAUCAGAAACCAUUUAGUUACUUAGUUCUAACGGUGCCCAAUGAUUUGCAUCUAGUUUACUAUCUCCUUCAAUCGGAAAAGACUUUGAAUGUGGUGUGCAGCACUGAAGUAGUUUUAUCUGCCAUCAUGAGGCAAAAAUUGGAAAUAGAAGAGUUUCUUGUUAAAAUAGAUUAAAUGUAAAUUUUGGUGUCGAUUACAAGUUUCAAUGUUGUGAAUAAAGUAUAAAUCUCUUAAAUUUUUACAAUAUGUAUUUAGUUAAUGUAUGAAAUACUUUGUGUGUAGUAAAUGUGUAAAAUAUAGUUUUACAGAGUACAAUUUAGUCAAUAUGUGUUAGUAUGUAAUUAAUUUUAUAAAAAUCUCAUGCAUUUCUUUAGUAGUGUAGAAAUAAUUGUGCCUUAGAUUUUGUUUCUAUUUGUUUCGAAACCCUUUAAAUUUUUUAUUUAAAAAUAUAUAUUUAUUAAUACCUUGAAGGGGGUUUCUGUGAAAUUGUUUCAUAGAUUAAGGAUAAAGAUAUAUUUUUAUGUAUAACGAAUUUUGAAAUUUUAUAUUAUUUUUUAAACAAAAUGAAAUAGGAUAUAAGACUGGUUUUAAACAUAUUGUAAAAAGGAAUAAAUGAAUUUAUUAUUA